GCGGCCGAAGCGGCGAGGGUCACACUGUUUUUGAUGCAAAAUAAAAUAAUGACGCUGAUCGAAUCGGACUUAGGGGACGUAUAAUGGAUAAUAAUGUAGAGCAAGCAGCAGCAAAGAGCCAAACAGCCGAUUCCACAGCAGCGGGAGCACUAGGAGGACCGGGAGCAGGGACACCCAGCGCGAACUCCUCGACCUUUUGGAAGAACAGCGGACGUCGGGUGCCCGGACGACCCAGUCCCAAGCGGGAGCUCGAAAAGUCCGUGGGCGCUGGGGUAGCGGGCGGACGGGGCGCCGCCCCCGGAACUGGCAUGGUGUCCACAUUCACCGAGUACCAGAAGUCGGUGAGCGACGCCUGGGACAUGGGCGACGACGAGUUCUGCAUCAUCAGCAGCACGGAGGCGGCUGCGGCGGCGGCCGCUGGAGCCGGCAGUGAUUCAGCUCGCUUUUCCCGGCAAGUGUCCCAGACGGUGGCGCUCAAUGUGAUCGAGACGCACUCGCGGAGCAACCAGAACCACAACGCCUCCCGGACGGCCAGCGAAUGUGGUGCAGAAGCAAUCCCGGCCAGCAGGAGCUCUACGGACGAUGGAAAGGAAGACCGCAGAUCGCUGCCGGACAGCAAUGAGAACAGCCCUUCCCUCAGAGCCAUGUCAACAGACGCAGAACCAAGACCGCAAGAAAACAAGCCCCCGGCGGUUAGUAAUCGAGGUUGUGUUUUCAGAUCGCGAUUGAGGAACUAUCCAGGAAGACCGCAACUGCAGAAGAUCAGUUCGAAUUGCCAGGACAGCGAGUAUGAGACGAAAAUUGAGAAGUUUCAGGUGGUGCUAGACUCGCCUCAACUGGAUCUGGUGGCUCUCAAGAAGAUCAGUUGGUCUGGCGUGCCGCGAAAGAUGCGCGCUGUCAGCUGGCGACUUCUUUCCAAAUACCUUCCGCCCUCAAGCGAACGGAGGAUGGCGGUGCUGGAGAGCAAGCGGCAGGGCUACCAGGACCUAAGGCACAACUACUUCCGGGUGGACAGCCAGGAUGAGACGCAGCAGGACACAUACCGCCAGAUCCACAUCGAUGUGCCACGCAUGAAUCCCCAGAUUCCGCUCUUCCAGCAGCAGCUCGUCCAGGAGAUGUUCGAACGCAUUCUCUUCAUCUGGGCCAUCCGCCAUCCUGCCUCCGGCUACGUGCAGGGCAUAAACGACCUGGUCACGCCCUUCUUCAUCGUCUUUCUGCAGGAGGCCCUGACGCCGAACACGGAUCUCGAGAAGUACGACAUGUCCACGCUGCCCGAGGAGACUCGUAACAUCAUCGAAGCGGACUCUUUUUGGUGUCUGUCCAAGUUUCUCGACUGCAUCCAGGAUAACUACAUUUUUGCCCAGCUGGGCAUACAGGAGAAGGUUAACCAACUCAAGGAUCUGAUACAACGCAUUGACGUGAAUCUACACCGUCACCUACAGGCGCAUGGCGUCGACUACUUGCAAUUCUCAUUUCGCUGGAUGAACAAUCUGCUGACACGCGAGCUGCCGCUGCACUGCACCAUCCGGCUGUGGGACACAUAUCUGGCGGAGUCCGACGGCUUCGCCCUGUUCCAUUUGUACGUGUGUGCGGCUUUCCUGCUGCACUGGAAGGAGCAGCUGAUGCAACAGAACGAUUUCCAGGGUCUAAUGUUGCUGCUACAAAAUCUGCCAACACACAACUGGUCCGAUCGCCAAAUCAACGUUCUGCUGGCCGAGGCAUUCCGCCUGAAGUUCACGUAUGCGGAUGCGCCAAAGCAUCUGGAGACGAAGAGUUGACAAAAGCAACACAAACAACGCAUAUACGUAACUUAAAAGUUAGUUUAAUACGAUUUGCGGAAUAUACCUACACAAUACACGUACGAUACAUACAUCUAAUAAUUAUAUACAAUUUGUUAUUUAGACGUUCA